AUGAUGAGGAUAAUGAUGAUGUAUUAUGAUGAUGAUGAUGAUGAUGAUGAUGAUGAUGAUGAUGACAAUAAUGACGACAACGAUACUAGAAAAAAAGUCAGCCGCUGAAAAUAACAAGUAAAAAGAAAUUACAACCUCGUCCCCAGGGCUUUUCCCUUAAAAAAAGGGUGGAUAAAGCCCUGGGGACGAGGUUGAAGAAAUUACAUAGCAGUAAAUAACGAAAAAAACGUCAUUAAAAGCUGCGAUGCCUCGUGAACGACUGCCUCUUCCACCGUAUCUCUUCUUAUACUCUUAAUGAUGACGAUGAUGAUGAUAAUGAUGAUGAUGAUGAUGAUGACGAUGAUGAUAAUGAUGAUGACAAUAAUGACGACAACGAUGAC